AUGGCCUCGCUGGUUCUGAUCAUCUUUUUCCUGCAGAUGUUGAAGCCCACACGGCAGCAGAUUCCCCGACAAUGCGCCACCACUGAGGCUCUGAGCUCUAAGCAGUGCUGCCCGGUUUGGGGAGGAGACGGAUCAGCAUGCGGGUCUCUCUCAGGUCGGGGAAUCUGCCAAGACGUAUCAGUGUCCGAGCAGCCCCAUGGUCCACAGUACCCGUUCAGUGGAGUGGAUGACAGGGAGAGAUGGCCUCUUACUUUUUUUAACCGGACCUGUCGAUGUCUGAGGAACUUCAUGGGCCCGGAUUGCGGCGAUUGCGCGUUUGGUUACUUCGGCUCCAAUUGCGCACAAAGACGCGAGUCGGUCAGGAGAAGCGUUUUCCAACUUUCAGCAUCCGAGAGGCAAAAGUUAAUUUCCUACCUUAACCUGGCUAAAAACACCAUCAGCCAGGAUUAUGUGAUCAUCACAGGUACAUAUGAUCAGAUGAUCAACUCCUCUGAGCUGAUGUUUAGGAACAUCUCCGUCUACGAUCUGUUCGUAUGGAUGCAUUACUAUGUGUCCCGACCAGCUCUCCUAGGAGGGGAGAAUAAUAUCUGGCCGCAGGUGGAUUUUGGGCACUGGGCACCAGCCUUCUUACCCUGGCACAGAGUGUUCCUACUUCGCUGGGAACAUGAGAUCAGGAAACUAACAGGGGACUUCAGCUUCACUAUUCCAUACUGGGACUGGAGGGACUCGCAGGACUGUGAGGUUUGUACAGACGAACUGGUGGGAGGACGAAGCCGAUUUAACCCGAACCUCAUCAGCCCAUCAUCCGUCUUCUCCUCCUGGAAGGUCAUUUGCUCCAGGGAACCAGAAUACAGUUUGAGAGGUGUGCUGUGUGAUGGCACAGAGGAAGGACCCAUACUGCGCAACCCUGGAAACCAUGACCGGAACCUGAUAGACGGGCUGCCCACAUCUGCCGAAGUGGAAUUCACUGUUAGUCUGUCCCAGUAUGACACUGGAUCAAUGGAUACCACGGCCAACAUGAGCUUCAGGAACACGCUGGAGGGUUUUGGAAAUCCACACACAGGCAUCGGAAACGCUGGCAAGUUUGGCAUGCAUGCAUCGCUGCACGUUUUUAUGAAUGGCACCAUGACCUCAGUGCAGGGUUCAGCCAAUGAUCCUGUUUUCAUUCUACAUCAUGCUUUUGUAGACAGCAUCUACGAGCAAUGGCUGAGGAGGCACCAACCAGAAAAGUCUCACUACCCCACAGCAAAUGCCCCCAUCGGCCACAACAGUGAAUAUUACAUGGCGCCCUUCAUGCCUCUUUACCAGAACAGAGACUUCUUCACGUCAAGCAAAGACAUGGGCUAUGAAUACUUUUACCUCCAAGAUCCUGGUCAGCGCUUACUGGAUGACACGUUAUCGUAUCUGAGGGAAGCACGGGAGAUCUGGCCAUGGCUCCUUGGCGCUGCCAUUCUGGGUGCACUUUGUGUUGUGCUUUUAGCCGUAGUGCCAACUAAAGUGUACAGAUCGUGGUUAAAGAGGAGAAAGUCAGUGAGCUCUGAGUACCAGCCUCUCAUGGUCAGCAGCGACCCUUCUGAGGGAUCUUCGUCCUCUUACAGAACCAUGAUGGCAUGAAGGUGGUGUCCACCAGGGGGAGACAGUUUCCAUACAAAGUCGUUAAGCUGGCUAACCUUGUAUGCGAAUUAUGUAUGAUGUGCUAAAGCUGGCUAUGUGGAAAAUGGCCUUUUUACAAAAAUAAAAUAUA